CUUACUUGCAGAAAAAUACGUUUCCCAUGAUCUCGGCAACACCGGAGGGUUUUAACUGCUGCACUUUAUUCUUCAGUCUGGACUUUGCUUCUGCUGUCGUUUAGUUGAGAAAAUUUCUCCUUCGAUUAUCUUGUGCCGAAUUUACAAAAAGAAGAAGCAAUGUUUGCUAUUUUGAAACAUGCAAGCAAAACUUCUCCAAAUUCUUUCGCACUACUAGGUUUGCGGAGGAUGAAAUCCCAAAUGCAUUGCUCACCCAAAUUGACGGGAAUAGUCUCUGCACGCCGGAGUGAGAGACCUGACGGGGCGGCGGAGCCCAGAAGACGGCUGUCGGCGAAAAGCUACAAUGUUCCGCCCAGCGCCGAGUUUGUGGCUAGAGUUUCUGGAAUUUCUACUAUGGGAAAGCUGCCUUUCAAGGAGUCAGCUGAAGGUCUAGACGCUGCUUUUAUCGGUGUUCCCAUCGACACCGGCACUUCGAACCGUCCCGGGGCGAGGUUUGGUCCUCGGCAAAUCAGGGCGGAAUCGGCCAUGCUGCGCGCGUGCAACGGGGCCACCGGGGCUGCUCCUUACCAGUCGCUCGUGGUCGCCGACAUUGGCGACGUAAACGUCAACAUGUAUGACUUAAAGGAUACGUGCAAACGAAUCCGUGAAGCUUACAAAAAGAUUGUGGCUACUGGUUGCGUACCAUUAACCAUAGGUGGCGAUCACACCAUAUCGUACCCAAUUCUCCAAGCCGUUGCUGAGAAACAUGGCCCAGUAGGCCUCAUCCAUGUGGAUGCACAUGCAGACACUAAUGAUGUUGUCCUGGGCGAGAAGAUUGGACACGGGACACCAUUCCGUCGCUGUGUGGAGGAAGGGCUGCUGGACUGCAAACGGGUGGCACAGAUCGGCCUUCGUGGGACAAGCUACUCACCUGAUGCUUACCAGUGGAGCAGAAAACAGGGGUUUCGGGUGGUGCAGGUUGAAGAGUGCUGGUUCAAGUCCUUGACUCCCCUCAUGGUGGAAGUCCGGAAGCAGAUGGGGGAGGGGCCAGUGUACCUCAGUUUUGACAUUGACUCCUUAGACCCUGCCUUCGCACCCGGGACCGGCACGCCUGAGAUCGCUGGACUCACUCCCAUCCAGGCACUUGAGAUUAUACGGGGUUGUCGUGGCUUGAAGCUGAUUGGCUGCGACUUGGUAGAAGUAUCUCCACCUUAUGACACCACAGGCAACACGGCUCUGUUAGCUGCCAACCUGUUGUUUGAAAUGAUGUGCGUCCUUCCAAAGAUAAAAUACUACUGAUGUCUUGUGCUUCCCCUCAGUGCAAACAAAAUUAAAGUUAUAAGCAAGGCCCUCAUUUCUGCUAAUCAUCAAACUCUUCUGCAGUCCUGUUAAACACCAUUGUCAGUUGCCAUUUGUUGAUGAAGACCCUUUAUGAAAAUCAUUCAGAUUUUGGAUAAAUGCAUUCAUUGCUUGUUAUAAAUUCUUGCACCACAAUAACUGGAACAUCUCCAGUGUAUUACAUAUUUAAUGUAUGAAUACAAACAUUGCUGGCUGGCACGGAAAAUUGCUAUUGUGGAGAUAAAGAGCAUUUUAGAUUAAGUGAAAUAUUGUUGCACAAAUCAUCAUAUUCCAGAAUUUAUAUUAUCCCUCACAUUAAAGCUAAUUCCAAAGCUGA